GACGAUUGUAUGGUUAUAAAUUCACCUGCCGUAUGUGUGUGCGGCACCGUCCAGCCUCGUGAAAGAACUCCACGUCUCAACUUCAACGUUUGAAAACCUUUCUUGCUCAAAAUGGAUGACGAUGUUGCAGCUCUCGUUAUCGACAAUGGCUCUGGUAUGUGCAAGGCCGGUUUCGCCGGAGACGAUGCUCCCCGAGCAGUUUUCCCCUCCAUCGUCGGCCGACCUCGCCACCAAGGCGUUAUGGUCGGUAUGGGUCAGAAAGACUCCUAUGUCGGAGACGAGGCCCAGAGCAAGAGAGGUAUUCUCACUCUGAAGUACCCCAUCGAACACGGAAUAGUCACAAAUUGGGACGAUAUGGAGAAGAUCUGGCAUCAUACAUUCUACAACGAGCUUCGUGUUGCCCCCGAAGAGCACCCCGUUCUCCUAACGGAGGCUCCCCUCAACCCUAAGGCCAACAGAGAAAAGAUGACACAGAUCAUGUUCGAGACCUUCAACAGCCCCGCCAUGUACGUCGCUAUCCAGGCCGUACUCUCCCUGUACGCUUCUGGUCGUACCACCGGUAUUGUGAUGGACUCUGGUGAUGGUGUCACCCACACCGUGCCCAUCUACGAAGGUUAUGCUUUGCCCCACGCCAUCAUCCGUCUUGAUUUGGCUGGCCGUGACCUGACAGACUACUUGAUGAAGAUCCUGACCGAGCGUGGCUACUCUUUCACCACCACCGCUGAGCGUGAGAUUGUCCGUGACAUCAAGGAGAAGCUCUGCUAUGUUGCUCUUGACUUUGAGCAGGAAAUGCAAACAGCAGCAUCCAGCUCUAGCCUUGAGAAGAGCUACGAGUUGCCUGAUGGACAGGUCAUCACCAUUGGCAACGAGCGAUUCAGGUGCCCCGAAGCCAUGUUUCAGCCCUCCUUCCUGGGUAUGGAAUCCGCUGGUAUCCAUGAGACCACCUACAACUCCAUCAUGAAGUGUGACGUCGAUAUCCGUAAGGACCUGUACGCCAACACUGUCCUGUCCGGUGGAACAACAAUGUACCCAGGUAUCGCCGACCGCAUGCAGAAAGAGAUUUCUGCCCUCGCUCCCCCAACCAUGAAGAUCAAGAUCAUCGCUCCACCAGAGAGGAAAUACUCAGUCUGGAUCGGAGGCUCCAUCCUCGCUUCUCUGUCCACCUUCCAACAGAUGUGGAUCUCCAAACAGGAAUACGACGAAUCUGGUCCGGCAAUUGUUCACAGGAAGUGCUUCUAAGCGCAAAAAAGUCCACAAUCAAAUUCGCUGCUGCAUCUAUGUAUUUUUGAAGUCCAACAACUAUGAAGAAUUUGUAAGAUGAAUAUUUUAUUACUCGCUGGACUCCCUCAAAGGAGGUGUUGAUAUGAAGGUUGUUUGUACGAUUCCAGCUAUUUAUACUAUUAAAAUAAAUAUGAAUGAAA